CUCCUCUCCAUCAUAUAAGGUGUGUUGGUCCUCUUCAUCCUCGGUCGCUACCUACUCGUUCCAUCAUCCGCCACAUUAUCCAUCCAACGACCCAUCGCUAUCCCACCCAAGGUUGCAGCCCUCCCGCAAUGAAACCAAUAUUUCACGCACCGGAAAUUAUCAUUCUCGUUUUCCAGUCCUCGAGCGCGGUUGGGGAUGGGCUCUCGCUGGCGUCCACAUGCAAGUUCCUUGCCUCUGUCUGGCGCAUGCAUACGGCAGCAAUUCUCUACCGUCUCCUGGAGGCCAAGACACCCGCCUUCAACCAAGCACUGUUAGCGGUCCGAGCGACCAACUUGGUCUGCGAUGCUUGCCGGGCCAAUAAAUCGCCCCCUCGUCCGUUCCCCCUGCAUGAGUUAGGAGUCCAGGUCCGGAAGCCGGACAUUGGCGAGCUCAAGCAGGUCCAAGACCUGCAGCAUCUUGCCCGCUGCGUGGAGCACAUGCAUUUCCGCGGGAACCACCAUGACCAGAUGCACCGGUUGGAUGACUAUGACCUACCGGAAGAAGAGGGUAUCCGUCUGGUUUAUCGUUUCCACUGCGCCAUGUACAGGGUUCUCUUCGCAGGCGCAGUCCUUGCACAGGCAUAUCUCGAGCCCUUAUUCUUAGCUCCCUGCCAAGCACCCCCACGCCUCCUCCAUCGCUUGACCACUCUGCGUGUGGACGAGGAGCAGGACCUCGACGGGCUCACCCAACAGGACAUUGAGUACCUGGAGCGGUUUCCCGUUUACAACCUCGAAGCUGGCCAGGAAAGGUGGGAGCCAGCGUUCGGCGCCUUGGCGACUUGGCUCCUUGACGACAUGGAGAGUACGUUCACAAAGGUUGAGCCGCCAAGGUCUUCCAUCAGGUUCCAGGGUAUGCGCGCGGAGGAACUGGGCCGCUUGCAAGAAGUCACUUUCUUCCUUGCUGCGUAUCACCUCAUAACGGACAAGCUGUUCAAUAAAGACCGUUGCAACCCUGACGCCGACGAUCUCGACAUGGUGCCGCCCCCGUUCCCGGGCCGUGUGCGAAAGGUGCCAGUCGUGAUGUUUGGAAUCUUCCGGCCGGAGGAGGUAUCCAUGCCUGAGAGUGUUGAGGACUCAUCAAGUUGUUACCUCGUCAACGAGCCUCUCAUGCCAAAGGAACAGGAGACGCUGACGCCUGUAAACCAGGAUAGGCAGGCUCUGGAUUGCCCGUCUCCGUGGGCUGCCGAUGUGUGGUGGGCGUUGGACAUCCUGCAUAGACAGUCCGGCCGUCCUAAUCUACGGAAUGGACGUCCCUCCCCAACCCCUCCUCUCCGGUUUAUCGAGUUCAUCUUGGCACAAUUCUUUAAUCAAAGGUUCCAAGACGGCCUGUUUGAUGAGGAGUCACCGCAUGAUCACAUGCAGGACUACCAACUUGGGUUUUUGAGCGACCCCGGUUUAUUUCGGGACGGCUCUAUCACGUUUACUACGUGGCUUUUUGCCCGGGACCAGGCCCAGAGCCUGGGUUACCGCCGGUUGUGGUAGUGACUUAUUCCGCUCGGCUGGCUUACAUGGUACUACCACACAGAUGGCCUGGGUUCAAUGUUAUCAUAUCAAAGGUUCUCUCGACUGGACCGGGUUGCAUGUAACGCCACGCAGGCCAACCCACAUAUGCGACCUCAAAACGCAUGAGCCGUGUCAUCCCGGUAGAUCUCUAUAGGUGCCUAUGGAAAGUGUUACCAGAUUCGUUCCAGC